CACGUACUGAGAUAGCUAUAUUGUUUAAUUGUUUCUUAGUCAAUAUCUGAACAAUAACUCGGCUUGUGGUUACGUAUAUGGUGGUUUUAGUUGUGUGUAGAACGUCGGUUCAUAAAAAUCCCACCAGGCAAAGUAUUUGAUGCUAAUGUUUACUCAUUAUGAUCGUUUAAUACAUAUUAUCAUUGCUGUUACAUAGAUAACAGGAGAGAAUGUCCAUAGCGUUGAUGGCAGCCAGAUAAUUUUUAAUAUUACUUUUAGAAGAGUAGCAAAAGAAUCUAGAUAAUUAUGGAGUUACAAAAUAAAGAAAAACCUGAUGCCACAACUUUCGAAGAUGCCAUCGCUGCUACAAAAUUUGGAAAAUAUAAUAUAAUGUUAAUUGUCGUCAUAGCUCUUCCCUGUGUGACACAAUUACUAAACACGGUCGAACUUUCUUAUAUAAUACCUGUCGCGCAAUGUGAUUUGGGACUUACUUUAGAGGAUAAAGGUCUUAUAAAUGCUAUUAUUUUUGCAGGAAUGAUAUCCACCGGUGUAUAUUGGGGCUACUUAUGUGACGCACUAGGUAGAAAGAGGAUUAUUGUAUAUGGCUUCCUGCUGUCUGGAUUUUUUGCUACAGUUGCAGCUUUAUGUACCAACAAAUUUGUACUUUUAGCAGCUAAAUUUAUGUCUGGAGCAAUAAUUAAUGGUCCAUUUUCCGCAACGACCAGUCACAUCACCGAAUUUCAUUCGUCAGAAUAUAGAGGAAGAGUUAAUAUGGCACGAGGCAUGUUUUUGAGUUUUGGUAGUUUGCUGUUACCGAUUUUGUCGUGGGCCAUAUUACCAAGAAAAUUGGAUAUAUUUCUCUUUGGAAUACUAGAACUCCAUUCAUGGAACAUAUUUCUUCUGGUAUGCGCCUUAUCAACAAUAUUCUGUGGAGUUGUAUAUAUCUUUAUACCAGAAAGCCCUAAAUACCUCAUGUCCACCGGACGAAAUGAACAAGCAAUGAAGGUUUUGCAAAAAAUAUAUUCGAUUAAUACAGGAAACGCAAUGGAGGAUUUUCCAGUUAAAAAGUUAGUCGAAGAAGUGGAAAAUAAUGCCGAAAAAGUAAAUGUUUUGGUCGCCUUAAAGAAAUGUUUUAGGGAAAUGAAAUUUCUUUUACAUAAACCUUACAUAAACCAUCUACUUUUGGCAUGUUUUAAUGUGUUUUCUCUAUUGAUAAGCGUCAACACUGUGAAACUAUGGUUGCCUGGAAUAUUUCAGGCCAUAAGUGAUUAUCAAAAUGCUCAUAAUGGUACAAGCACUAAUCUAUGCACAAUGUUGGAGCAAAUGGUACCGAAAGAAACUCCAACAUCGGCAAAUUGUACAGUGGAUAUGAACAAUCUGUCGGUGUAUGUAAAUACAUUCAUAGUAGCAGCUGCAAGAAUUGUUGCCUUUGCUUUUUCUACUGUCUUUAUCAGAAUGUUAGGAAUAAAAAGGUUAAAUAUUAUAUUAUGUUUUGUUACUGCAGUCCUACAAUUCUGUAUAUAUUUUGCAAGAGAUUCGACAACCGUGACAAUAUUAUCUGCUACAGGAACUGCUAUUGGAAGUGUAGCAGAAAAUUUGCUAAUAUCUUUGACUUUGGAACUUUUUCCAACAACGUUAAGAACCAUUGCUCUAUCCAUACAUCUGACGUCAGGGAGAACAGGUACAUUGGUGGGGAAUAUAGUAUUUCCUUACCUACUGACUUCUGGGUGUUUACCACCAUUCUUCUGGAUUGGAAUAUUUUGCGUUGCUUGCGGAAUUUUCUCAUUUUUGUAUCCUUCAGUAGAAGACAAGCCAUUAAAAUAAAAGCUGACAUAGUACCUAUCAGGAUGAUAUUGAAUUUAUAUGUAUUUUUUAAUUUAACACUUUAAAAAUGUACUUAAGAAUGUAUAUGACAAACAAUUUAUAGGUAGUUUAUAUUAAAUUGUACAACAAAUUUUCUUUUUUUAAUAAAUUUUAUUU